AUGCCGAAGUCAAAGAAACGCAAGAGUGGUGAUGGUGAUGGGUCAGAAGAAUUGCGGAAGCGUCCUUCUGUAUACUGUAUUUUACAUGUUAAUGGCAUUCAGUAUCUAGAUUUCACACCACUCUGUGAGGUCAAGGACUUUGCCAUUGAAAAGCUGGCUCAACUACAUAAGAAAACUCUUCACGAGGAGGAGAAUGAGGACGAGCUUCGGGCUUGUGAGGGAAAGGCCAUACACUUAACUCAAGCUUACAUAACCUGCAAUGAAGCACUGAAGCACAGUAAGAACACUAUCAUCAGUUUAACUGAAGAUUUGAACAACGCUAAUGAAAAUAUCACAAGUUUGACUGAAGAUCUGAACAACGCUAAUGAAAAUAUCAACAGUCUGACUGGAAAUGUGAACAACGCCAAUAACAAUACCAUCAUUUUGACAAAAAAUAUCAUCAGUGUGGCUGACGAUCUGCACAAAGCCAAUGAAAAUAUCACCAGUUUGACUAAAUAUAUCAACAGAUUGACUGACGAUCUGAGCAAGUCUAAUGACAAUAUCAUCAGUCUGACUGAAAAUAUCACCAGUUUGGCCGAAGAUCUGAACAACGCCAAUGAAAAUAUCACUAGUUGUAUUGAAAAUCUCAACAACGCCAAGGAAAAUAUCACAAGUCUGGCUGAAGAUCUGAAAAACGCUAACGAAAAUAUCACCAGUUGUACUGAAAAUCUCAACAACGCCAAGGAAAAUAUCACCGGUUUGACUGAAGAUCUGAAAAACGCCAAUGAAAAUAUCACCAAUCUCAACAACGCCAAUGAAAAUAUCACCAGUUUGACUGAAGAUCUCAACAACGCCAAUGAAAAUAUCACCAGUUUGACUGAAGAUCUCAACAACGCCAAUAAAAAUAUUACAAGUCUGGCUGAAGAUCUGAAAAACGCCAAUGAAAAUAUCACCAGUUGUAUUGAAGAUCUCAACAAAGCCAAUGAAAAUAUCACCGGUUUGACUGAAGAUCUGAAAAACGCCAGUGAAAAUAUCACCAGUUUGAAUGAAGAUCAGAGAAACGCCAAUGAAAAUGUUAGCAAUUUGACAAAAGAUUUGAAAAUUGUCAAUGAAGCUCUCGCGUACUGUCAAAUGAAUUGGACAAAUUUUGAAGGUAUGUAUCUGUAA